CGGGCGGCGUCCACCAUGUUGUGCCGGGCGGCGUGCAGCGCGAGCAGGAAGCUGGUGCCGGCUUUGGGGUCGCUGGGUUCCAGGCAGAAGCACAGCCUCCCCGACCUGCCCUACGACUAUGGCGCCCUGGAGCCUCAUAUCAACGCCGAGAUCAUGCAGCUGCACCACAGCAAGCACCACGCGGCCUACGUGAAUAACCUGAAUGUCGCCGAGGAGAAGUAUCAGGAGGCGCUGGAGAAGGGUGACAUUACAGCUCAGGUAGCUCUGCAGCCGGCAAUAAAGUUCAACGGUGGAGGCCAUGUCAAUCAUUCCAUUUUCUGGACAAACCUGAGUCCUAAUGGUGGAGGAGAACCCAAAGGGGAAUUACUGGAAGCCAUCAACCGUGACUUUGGUUCCUUCAGCAAAUUUAAGGAGAAGUUGACCGCUGUAUCCGUUGGCGUCCAAGGCUCGGGUUGGGGUUGGCUUGGUUUCAAUAAGGAACAGGGACGCUUACAGAUUGCUGCUUGUUCUAACCAGGAUCCCUUGCAAGGAACAACAGGUCUUAUUCCAUUGCUGGGAAUUGAUGUGUGGGAGCACGCUUACUACCUUCAGUAUAAAAAUGUUAGACCUGAUUACCUGAAAGCUAUUUGGAAUGUAAUCAGCUGGGAGAAUGUAACUCAGAGAUACCUGGCGUGCAAAAAGUAGAGCGUCAGCCUUACCCUGAGUACACGGAGCUCCUUAUGACUAUAGUAGUGCAGAGUCCCGCGGUAUACCAGUAAGCUGCUCUGUUGUAGCGUUUCUGAAUGUAG